GUUCUGAGGGUGUCUACAACACUAUUAGUAACUGUCAAAAGAUUGAGAUAGGUUGAUGGGUUAGAAUUUUCUUUUUAUAUUUUCAGUAUAUUUCUUAUUAUUAUGUUUUAGCUAGAUGUUGUAGAUCACAUUAUACAUUAUGGACGAAGAAGAUCCUGUCGUACAAGAGAUACCUGUUUUUCUAUCGCAGGCGUUAUCUGACAAGCUAUAUGUAUACCAAUAUCCAGUGAAACCAGCAAAAAGAGAUUGGAAUGAAGCCAAAAUAGUGAACGCAGCUGUUAAGCCAAAAAAUCGUAUUGUACGGGUGGAAGUUGGUCUAGACACCUACAGUGAUAAGUAUUGUCAGUCCAAAGGCGAACAGAUAGCACUAAACACCGACGGACAACAGGAAUCAUCAUGGCAUAUCAAGGAGAAGGAUAAAUCGCUGUACUUCAAAAGUGGCAUGAUGGACAAGAUAGUGUAUGAGAGCAGCACUCCAUGUAUAGAUACAAAGCAUUAUGCUGUUGCUAUAUUGCAGGACAAAGAACUACAUUGUACACCUAUACAAGGCAUUAUUCAGAUGAGGCCGUCAUAUUCAUACUAUGAUAAGCAAGAAAAGAAAAAAAAUGAAAAGAACAAAGCUGACAAGUCUGAUGACGAGAAUAAUGAACCUGAGGCUAAAAAGGUCACAGUGAAAUUCGCACGUCAAGAAACUGAAGUGGCAAAAAAGGCGCGGGAAAAAUCGUAUGAGUCGAUAUCUCAGCGGAUAUCUGAAGAGCCGUGGUGUGACGCAUUGUGGAAGCAUUCUGACACAGACCAUGCUGAAUUGGAGCGUCUCAAGUUGUUUAGCGCGACAUCAGCGGACGGCUCGUCCUUGACUUUGAGGUCGCGUGAGUACAUUCGUGCGUUGGUGCCGCAGCCGCCAGCCGACGAAGCGGACGUUGCGCCGACGCAAAGGCUGUCACCGCAGGAACAAUUGAAGGAGAUACUUAUUAACGCAAAACUGAUGACGUUCAACGACCUCCGAGCUCUAGUGCGCGCGGAGGACGGCAGCGUGCUGAGCGAGGCGGCGCUGCUGUCGGCGCUGAGCGGCGCGGCGUGCUGCGUGCGCGGCGUGUGGGCGGCGCGCUCGCAGGACCUGUACCCGCGCGCCGCGCCCGCGCCGCCGCGCCUGCUCUGCGCCGCCAGGGACCACGUCCUCUACCUAUUUACACAACACGCGUACAUUGACCGCCGCAAGGUCGCCGCAGCAGUUCGAUUGCCUCCAGCCGACGUACUUGAAAUCAUCCGUUCAGUCGCUAAAUUCAAUCCACGAACAGGCUGGGAACUUUUAAUCCCGCCCGACACAGCUUUCGAGGCAAAAUACCCAGAUGUCGUCCAACGACAAAAUCUCGCCUGGGAAGCCCGACAGCGUCAGUUCAACGAGAUGUUGAUAGGUGAAAAUGUGCCAAAAAGACAGAGGAAGAAAUCUCAAAGGGAGUCAAUCGGCUCGGAGACAAUGAUGAGUCCGAAACCGCGGUGUAACAGUGUCAGUGAGGAGGACAAUGAUAGAAAAAGACAAAAGAAUAAAUCUUCCACUGGAAUCGGUAAACGGACGCGCAAUGUGAGUUCUAGCAGUGUUAAUGAAGUGUCAUGAUCAAAAGUGAUUUUAGGUUAUUAAAUUUUCAUGCUGUCUUACUCUAACACGUGCUAAAAUUCGUGCAAGAGUGAGACAACCAUAGUAGUCAAUCAAGUUAAUUGUGCUAGACUAUAGUCAGUAGUGCAUAUGUUGAUUAUUGUGAUAUGAGACUGUUUUAUGAUACAUGUACAGAAAUGUAUCGUUUUUAUGUUUAUGUAUGUUAAUUUAAAGGAAAUCUUAAAUCGUGAGCGUAAAUUCUUGACUUGUAUGAUGAAGGCAGAACAAAAGGUUUUUUAUGGAAUUGGGUGUAGCUUGCGUAAAUUAAUGCGAAUUAUGGAAAAGUUCAUAAGUUUGAAAUUAUGUUUUUAAAUCGCACAGCGUUAUCGUGGCAAUAUUUUAUAAAUGAACAAUUGACAAACGAAGUGUAAUCAAUUAUUUGUAAUUAAAGUACAAUCUUCUGUUUCUUGGAAUAUCAUAUGACAAUUAUGGUGGAAGCUGACCAAAAUUGUAAUUGCCUAAUUAGAAAUCUUUGUACCCAAAUCACAUAUGUUUUCUUAUAUAAAUAUUGUUAUGAAAUAUAUAUUAAGUCAUGCCUGUAUACUAGGAAGUGUAGAGAGGGCAUUGCAUGAAUUAAAAUUUCGUCAAUGGUACCUCCGUCCCAUAAUAUUAUAGAAGGUAAGCCUGUCGCUACACCGAGCACAAAUAAAGCCACAGGCAACAAUAUUGGGAAGUUCGCAUAAAGAUAGUCUUCCUAGGACUUCUCUAUUACUCGUACUCUAAUUAAGGGCAAAGAAGAUGUUCAUGUUAGAUGAAACACAUUUUUUCUCCCAAUUAUUGACAAAUAUUCAAUUUGAUACAUCGUCAAUAUCAAUAGUAUAUCAAUAUAAUAUGUCCUUUAUAUAUUGAAUGAAAUAUAUAUAACAUAUAAGUGUGUAUAGGCAAGUAUUACCGUAAAAUAUUAUAGUGGCCUAGGCAUGUAUCACAGUCUCAAUAAUUCUGUGUUCAUGAUCAUCUAUAAUAAUUAAAGUAAAUUGUUACCUAGUUUAUUAAUAGAUAGGCGUUUCUCUCUUUAUUUCUCUUACCCUAAAAUCUUAAGUUUAAAUAUAAUUUUACGUAUGGACAGACGAAUUUCAAUGCUAGUGCUAAAUAUCGUUCCCAUGUUUUUUAUAAUGUGUGGUUGAGAGAAGGCUACCUAAUCCAUUAAGAUUUUAUCGAAAGAUUGCUUUUUAAAAUAAUGAUUUUAAACAGGUCGUCUGGUGUCUGUAUAAAUAACAUUAGGUGAAGGCAAUAAGGAAAUAAAAUAGUAUAUUUUUUUCCACCAAGAUGGCGCUCUAAUAGUAGGAGAAAUUGAUAUUUGGUACACAUUUUGAUCUGUAUGUUCGUUUAGUUCUCUUUGGUAUUCCGUAAAGUAAAAUCCGAGACAAUGACACUCUACCACCAUCCCACAUUACUGCAAGUGCGCCUGGUAUGUAUUUUUUGCCCACAUGAAAACUUAUACCGCAUUUUUUGGUCCUCACGAAUAUUAUUUGAAAGCUGUUCGUUGAAAAGUAUUUGCCGACAUUUCUUUUUUCUUCCCCUAAAUAUGUUAUACAUACAUCUAAUAAAGGAUCAUUAUUUAUGAAAAGUAUACCCUCAUUUACAAAUCCUUGGUAUGUUUUGACACUUGUAAAACUAGGCACGAUUAAAUACAUUUAUUUCUAUAUCAAUAUGUUAUUUAUUUUGUAUUUAAAAAAAUAUAAUAGGACUAAGGCUGUUGGAUAUAUCGGAAUGUGAGUGAGAGUAGAAAAAGGUAUUACAUAUUACUGACCCCAUUGCCUCGUAACUAGAUACGGCCCUGGAUAGGUAUGGUAGGAAUAUGAAAUAAAUCUUAACGUAUGAUCGUAAGUAAAAAUGAUUUAUACGGGAGUAAGUGAAUUGUACGCUAUCGAUGUAUUUUAUAAAGGAAAUUAAACUUUUAAUACCUG